CAUGGCGGAGAAUGAAACCUUGGAGUGUAUAACGGAGCACGAGCGGAUUUUGCAGGAAAUUGAGAGCACCGACACGGCUUGUGUUGGUCCUACUCUUCGGUCGAUUUAUGAUGACCAGCCCAAUGCCCACAAGCGCUUUAUGGAGAAGUUGGAUGCCAGGAUAAGAAACCAUGACAGGGAGAUUGAAAAGAUGUGCAAUUUCCAUCACCAAGGCUUCGUGGAUGCCAUCACAGAGCUCCUCAAAGUUCGUGCUGAUGCAGAGAAACUAAUGGGUCAAGUGACAGACACUAAUCGAAGACUACAAGAAGCUGGGAGGGAGGUGACAGCUCAGACAGAGGAGGUGAUUCGCUGUCGCAUCCAGCAGAGGAACAUGGCGACCACUGUGGAGAAGCUCCAGCUCUGUAUACCAGUACUAGAAAUGUACAGUAAACUAAAGGAGCAACUGGAAUCCAAAAGAUACUAUGCUGCACUGAAAACCAUGGAGCAGCUAGAGAAGGUCUACAUCCCAAGGGUCAGUCAGUACAGGUUCUGUCAGAUCAUGGCUGAAAACCUGCCUAGACUGAGAGAGGAGAUCAAAGAGAUCUCCAUGUCAGACCUCAAGGACUUCCUGGAGAGCAUUCGAAAACACUCAGACAAGGUUGGAGAAACUGCCAUGAGACAGGCACAGCAGCACAGGACCUUUAACAGUGCAGUAGCAAAGCAGGCCAGCAUGGGCCACUACACCAAGCCUGUGUACUCCCUCAAUGGACGAACACACACUCACACUCCAAACGGCCUGUUAAUGGACGAUGACACAGGAGACGAGGAAGAAGCUGAUGAAGAGAUUCUUACAGCUCAGGACCUGGUGGACUUCUCACCUGUCUACAGAUGUCUACACAUUUACACUGUGCUGGGUGAUCGAGAAACAUUUGAGAACUACUACAGGAAACAAAGGAAAAAACAGGCCCGACUUGUACUGCAGCCGCAAGCUAACAUGCACGAGACAGUGGAAGGCUACAGAAAAUACUUCAAUCAAAUUGUAGGGUUCUUUGUUGUGGAAGACCACAUCCUCCAUGCCACGCGGGGGCUGGUGACCAGAGCUUUCACUGAUGAACUGUGGAACAUGGCUUUGUCCAAGAUCAUUGCUGUGCUUCGCACACACUCUUCAUACUGUGAUGACCCAGACCUGGUCCUGGAGCUGAAGAAUCUCAUAGUUAUCUUCGCUGACACGCUACAGGGUUAUGGUUUCCCAGUGAACCGGCUCUUUGACCUGCUGUUUGAGGUUCGAGACCAGUACAAUGAAACAUUGCUGAAGAAAUGGGCGCUGGUUUUCAGGGAGAUCUUUGAGUUGGACAACUACAGUCCCAUCCCAGUGGACACAGAGGAGGAGUAUAAACUGGUUGUUAGCCGUUUUCCCUUCCACGAUGCUGAGAUAGAGAAGCAAGACUUUCCGAAGAAGCUGCCAAUGUCCCAGUCUGUCCCUCAGAUUUACACACAAGUCAAAGAGUUUAUUUACGCCAGCCUCAAGUUCUCAGAGUCACUACACCGCAGUUCAACAGAGAUUGAUGACAUGUUGCGAAAAUCAACCAACUUGCUGCUGACAAGAACUCUUAGCAGCUGCUUGCAAAACCUCAUCAAAAAACCUCACAUAGGACUGACUGAGCUGGUUCAGAUCAUCAUUAAUACCACCCACUUGGAGCAGGCCUGCAGGUAUCUGGAGGAGUUUAUUACAAACAUCACCAAUGUCUCCCCCGAAACAGUUCACACCACAAGGCUCUAUGGCUUGUCCACAUUCAAGGAUGCUCGUCAUGCAGCAGAGGGAGAGAUUUAUACCAAACUGAACCAGAAGAUUGAUGAAUUCAUCCAGCUAGCAGACUAUGAAUGGGGCAUGGCUGAGUCAGACGGCCGAGCCUCAGGAUACCUCAUGGACUUGAUUAACUUCCUGCGGUCCACUUUCCAGGUCUUCACACACCUGCCGAAUAACAACAAUGACCAUGCAUCAAUGUCGGGAAAGGUGGCCCAAACAGCUUGCAUGUCAGCCUGUAAGCAUCUGUCCACAUCACUGAUGCAGAUGCUGCUGGACACAGAACUCAAACAGAUCAGCAUGGGAGCCAUUCAGCAAUUCAACUUAGAUGUCAUUCAGUGUGAAUUGUUUGCCAGCUCAGAGCCAGUACCUGGCUUUCAGGGAGACACACUCCAGCUAGCCUUCAUUGACCUAAGACAGCUCCUGGACCUGUUCAUGGUGUGGGACUGGUCAACUUACCUGGCAGACUACGGUCAGCCAACCUCCAAAUACCUGAGGGUGAACCCAGCCACUGCCCUGGCUCUCCUGGAGAAGAUGAAGGACACCAGUAAGAAGAACAACAUCUUCUCUCAGUUCAGGAAGAACGACAGAGACAAACAGAAGCUGAUAGAGACUGUGGUCAAACAGCUGAGGAGCCUGGUCAACGGCAUGUCCUCCUAAACAUACACACACACACAAACAGACAGGAGCGAUGUAUGUGUCAUAAAGAGGUAUAUUGAGUGAAACAUGCAUGCAGUCACAUGCACACACUGAACUGCCAAGAAGCUCACAGAGGAAGGACAUUUGACACUUGUAAAGAAGUUGCAGCACACAACAUGGCAGUGACAUACAGAAGAACCAUAAAGGGAGUUCUCUCUCACAGACAGACACACACACAAAAGGGCCAGAUAGUCAGCUUACAUGUGCAUACUAGUUAAACACACGUCACUGGACGGCACAGCAAUACACACACUUUUCAAGGCAUGCAGGGAUCUGACUCCUAGCAAUUUCAACGAACACACACACACACACACACACACACACACACACACAAAGUCAUAUCCUCUCGUUACCAUUAUAUCUGACUGAAUAUUCAAUGUAAAUAACAAACAUGCUAAACAGUUUACCAAGCUCCUCACAGGAAUAAACAAUAAAAUGUUUGUAAAGUAUUUUUAAUGGCUAUGAUAAGACAAACUAUGUUUUGUACAUUUGUGAGAGUGCAAUGAUUGUAGCUGCAGAGGGAGACUGGUACAGCACAGGAAGUGACAGACGAGUAUUGGGACAAUGAAAUCAAAUGUCAACACUUACUGCACCACAAGUGUAUGGGUUGAACCCUUUCCUAAUGUCCGAUCCGAAAGAUUUAAAGGAUCAACAAUAGUGGAUGAUACUGGAAUAUAUUUUCUUGCCCUUCAUUCUGAAGAAUACCAUUGUUCUUCAGCGGAGAUUGAGUUAUUUAUAACCCACUGAUCAAGCCAUUCAGUAAUAAAAUAACUAUUUCUAGUUGUUUCAGACAAAUGCCUUGUGGAUUUAUUAAAACUAUGACAGUUUAAAGGGUAUAGGCUAUAUGUUAAGAAUAGCAUACCAACAUCUGUGACCAGGCCAGACUAAUAGCUCUUACAGCUUAACAGAGCCAACAGUUCCUCUGACUGUGGGGUUUCAGGGAUCAGGUGUUUCUUUAAAUUUGUCACUCUCUGUAUAUAUAGUGUAAAAAGUGGCCAGGAAUAUCUCUUAUAACUCCUCGCAUUUAAACAAAAUUUGUCUUUUUUAUUGCAUAAAAGAAAUCUGACUGUUGUAACCAAGUUUCUGACAUCCUAAUGGAGGGCCAUAAACUAUAAUAUCAAAAUGCUGUCUCUUAAACAUGACGUAAGGCUUUCCAUUUACUACCUGGUCAUACCUGAACUUAGAAUUGUGGCAUUUUAGAGUGAAAUCAGUGGAUUGAAGUAGAAAUACUAUUUGCCUUGGUUAUGCAAAUAAGUAUGCACUGAGCUUUAAAAUCUUGUUACAACUUGUUGAAAUUUGGCAUGCAAAUGCGUAUUAUUCACCAAAUGCAAAUGUUCUUUACACUGCUUUACACAGCUGCGACCCUCUCAUAACAUAAACUCCUCCAAUGAACACAUUUGGCAUGGUUUUGUCAGUCAUUAGACACAAGUGGGUGCUAUAGACACAUCCCUUGUAUCAACUGUUUUUGACUUGGUAUUGACCUAUAUCGGCCAAUCAGCUUGACGCUGAGGCUUGUUGGCUCCUUUAUAACCCAUAGCUAUCCAUUAUGCCCUUCCACAUUUACAUUAAUCUUCAGGGAAUUAUAACUCCAGUCUAAAUAAUUACAUCACCAGACUUCUGGCACCACAAGGGUAUUGAUUUAUCGUGUCCGACUUUCAGGUGUGAUGAGGCAUUUGAUGCGGUUUGUCCAGAAUCAAUAUUAACUCUGUAAACCCUCUUCAGAUAGUUACUCUUGCAUGAAACCAUCUCACUGUUUGUACAUCACCCAUCUGGGUAUGGAACUGCAUCCAGUGAUAGUUCUGACAAAGGCCAAAUUGAAUCAUUGUCCCAAUACUUCAACUGCUGUUACUGUGUAAGUUUGUGUGCAAAAAAAGUGAUCCUGAGUAUAUGGAUGGAUGGAAGAACAGGUGAAUGAAUGAUGACGUCCUCAAAGACUGAUGUUCAUGAAAAAAGUGACAUUUUGUUAAACUCCUUGGUGGUUUUGCUUGCUUUUGUUUUUGUUUGUUUUGUUUUGUUUUGUUUUUCUGCCUCACAUUUAAGCCAACCCGCUUAGACAGUCUCGCAGUGACUGAACUUGGAGGAGCUCAACAUAGCAACAUGAUGAAACUUGUUUGGUUUGAAGAAAGCAGAAAUGGUGGGAGUCCUUAACACCCAGAUUGUAGUUGGAAUCUUCACAUGUUGCCUGCAUAUGAGAAUGUAAAAAAAUGUGGGUGAAAAUCUGGAAAGUGGUUUGUUAAUUAUUGGAUCCACCUUGUGGACAACAUAACAUAACACUUUAUACCAAAUAAUGCAGUCCUUUACAACAACACACAGAGUAAUGCAGAUGCAAGUCAGGUCAUUGCAGCGUGUUGUGUUGUACUGGACUGGAUUAGAUUGUGCAGGUGGGCACAUCGGGAUUUGUUCAGCAAAGACUCCAAGGGGCUGAUGACAAUUUUGGAUUGGAGUGUCAAAGUGACUACUGCAUGAAGCAACCUUAUAAUAGGGUUUGUAUGUGACGUCCCCACAUUUUAAAAUUCAUCACAGUCACAGGAAACUGGUGCCUGGCAUUAAUGUGAUCUGUAUAUGUUUCUUGUAAAUACAAGCAGAACACAUUGAUCAUAAUGUAACUGGAUCAGCUGGACAACCUCUGGAGGUGUAUUUUGAUCACAUCUCCGCCAAGUCUAGAAGAGAUUUGUACAGCCUGGAAACACUUUUGUAAACCAAAUCCAUCUAACAAGUUAAAAGGGAAAAGGGGACCGAUGAGUCCUUCCUCUGCAAAGGAAGAAUAAUAACAUACAUGCAGCAGCAUCACUUCAGGAGACAGGAGUAGCUGUCUGUCAUUUACCAUCUGCAGUCAGUCAGUGUGCACGUGGUUAUCUAUUACUGCAUUCAGGGACUGUACUGGCAGGCAUGUUUCCCAUAUGCAGUGUGGACUGUAUGACUUGUCCUACAAGCAUAAAUUUUAGAGUUGAUGACAAGAUAUACGCAAUUUUGAAAAUUGCAGGAAACGAUUUAAGCACAGUUGCACUUCAGGAAGGCACAGUGCAGUGCUUAUGGCUGUCAUGUGACCUUAACCUUGCACAUCAUUGCAGCCUGUUAGUAGACUCCUGCAUUGCAUAUUGAGCUCUUAUAGUUAGUUGUUGUUGUUUUUUUUGUUGCUUUUUUUUCUCCAAUCAUAAUAUUAAAAAGAAUGCAGAAAACGAAAGUCUGAUUUUUCAAAAGUUGAUAAAUGUGGUAAUAUUUAUAAAAUCACAAGAGACAUGCAGACAGAACCAAAAAUAUUUAAAAUAAUAAUAAAAAUAAUUUCUAUCUUUAGGAGCCAAGUGUCCAAUUAACAUUCAUGUAUCAUCUGUGCAAAACAGAAUCCACAAUUUUAUUGAGAAUGUAUAUUUAAAAAAAACAACUAGGUGAACAUUUUGAAGAUCUUGUUAGUGUGAUCGGAAUCAACAUGACAACACUUAUUAAAACCAGGUGUAAAUGCACAGGCCUAUGAUCAGACACUAUUUUCUGCACCACAUGUUAGUAACAGGUGGAUAAGGGGUAAAUAUAUAGAGGCACAUAUAAGCAUCCACAUAGAGGUGAUUGUCAAAUCUGAUAACUGUUAAUUGUGAAAGAUAUUAGUUUGUUUCCGUCAAAGUGUCACGACUGUGCUCUCUAAUAGCAGCCACAGCAGCGAUGGACCUAUCAGAGGUGAAGAGGGUGUUUAGGUGGUUUCAUGUGAAAGGUGACACCACCACAUGCCCUAGGCCCCCCUCAGUAAAUCCUGUCAGCUGUAAUGUUCAAAAUACUUGAUUCGUGCUUACAAGAAAACAAACCCCACGAGGAGCUUGUAAUGUAAUGUUGUUAGGGAAUAUGUAUACAUAUAUAUUUAACAGCUCAAUAACUUGCAUUUUAUUUGUUUUUCUUUUUUGUUCCUCAGGGUGAAAUGAAGCUUUAGAAUCACAUAACUUACAAAGCACAGCAAUAAUGAAUUGGUUCCUUUACAGCCUCUCUGGCAGGUUGACACUUAUUUCAGUCCUGCACAUGAUUCCUGAUGACAAACAUUUUAUACUGAGACUGUUUCUAUUCUGUUUAUGUUUUGGGUCUGUGCUCUCCUUUCAGCAGGCGUUAUGCACUGAAAAUGAUGAAGUUUUUUCCUUUUAGAAUAAUUAUUUGCCUUUAUAAUAGUUGCCUGUAAAUGCCACUGUAUAUACUGCAUUUUUGUAAAGGAAAUAAUACAGCAGUUUGUCUGCUACAAACAGAACUGGAGGUUGACACUGUGAUGUGCUUCUCCAUCAACAACUAAAGUAAAUAUGUAAUAAUAAGAGUUUCGAUUUGCAUUUGUUGCUUGCUUGGUGAACACAGUUGAGCACGAUAUAAAGAGCUCAGUGAUUUA